AUGAAGAUCCUGGUCUUGGUCUUGGUUUACCUACACCUCUCAGAGGGUGUGGAAAGAAUCAUUCUUAAAAAAGGCAAGUCUAUCCGCCAGACAAUGGAGGAGAAGGGCGUCCUGGAGAAGUUCCUAAAGAACCACCGGAAGGAGGACCCAGCUGCCAAGUAUCAUUUCAACAAUGAUGCUGUUGCUUACGAACCCAUCACUAACUACUUGGAUGCUUUCUAUUUUGGGGAGAUAAGCAUUGGGACGCCACCCCAAAAUUUCCUGGUCCUCUUCGACACGGGCUCUUCCAAUCUGUGGGUGCCCUCCACCUAUUGCCAGAGCCAGGCCUGCUCCAAUCACAACAGGUUCAACCCCAGCCUGUCCUCCACCUUCAGAAACAACGGGCAGACCUACACACUGUCCUACGGGAGUGGCAGCCUGAGUGUGGUCCUGGGAUAUGACACUGUGACUGUUCAGAACAUCGUCGUCAAUAACCAGGAGUUCGGCCUGAGCGAGAAUGAGCCCAACAACCCCUUCUACUACUCAGACUUCGAUGGGAUCCUGGGGAUGGCUUACCCCAACAUGGCGGUGGGCAGUGCCCCCACAGUCAUGCAGGGGAUGCUGCAGCAGGGCCAGCUCACCCUGCCCAUCUUCAGCUUCUACUUCUCUCGCAAAUGAGGCUCUUACGGUGGAGAGCUCAUCCUGGGCGGCGUGGCAGCGCUUUAUUCCGGUCAGAUCGUCUGGGCCCCUGUCACCCAGGAACUGUACUGGCAGAUUGCCAUUCAGGAGUUUGCCAUCGGUGACCAGGCCACUGGCUGGUGCUCCCAGGGCUGCCAGGCCAUCGUGGAUACAGGCACCUUCCUGCUGGCAGUUCCCCAGCAGUACAUGGACUCCUUCCUGCAAGCGACAGGAGCCCAGCAGGCUCAGAAUGGUGAUUUCGUGGUCGACUGCAACUCCGUGGAGAACUUGCCCACCAUCACCUUCAUCAUCAGCGGGUCCCAGUUCCCUCUGCCUCCCUCCGCCUAUGUCCUCAACGACAACGGCUACUGCAGGCUGGGGAUCGAGGCCACUUACCUGCCCUCCCCCAACGGGCAGCCGCUGUGGAUCCUGGGGGACGUCUUCCUCAAGGAGUACUACUCGGUCUACGACAUGGCCAACAACAGGGUGGGCUUUGCCUUCGCUGCCUAG